CACAACCCGAAAGUUUGCGUUAGUGUGUGUAAAGCUAUCCGACAAAAGCCUUAUUGUUUUCUGCUGACCGGCAUAAAAGUACACGGGCCAUUUUUCUUGUCCGCGGUGCAGUGUUUGUGCAAAAAUUGUUUUUCCUCUGUUGUUCCUUUAAAAAUCCACUUAUUUUACGUGCGGUAAUUGAGGAGUUUUAUCUCGGCAACAUUCCGAACCUAAGAACAUUUCUUGCUUGCCUUAUUCCUCUCUAUUGGUUGCUGAUUUACACCGCUCUGUUGCCAACUUGGCUGCCAAGGUACAGUAGUUCGUUGUUCCGUCGGGAGGGAAACCAAAUAUUGCAGCAGGAUCUGAUAGUGGGAAGUGAUUCUACGGACAACCGCCCAUCCGCCAGGAUGACAUUCAAGUUGAUUAGCAGCGCCAAAGCGAACGGAGUGAUUCCGGUCCGCAAGUACCGAUCGGAACGUACCGGGCUGAGUGUCAUAGUAGGCGAAGUCGAAGGUCCACUGGUGAACGGAUACUUCGCGUUGGCAACGGAAGCGCACGAUGACGAUGGUUUGCCGCAUACCCUGGAGCAUUUGAUCUUCCUAGGGUCGGAGAAGUAUCCGUACAAAGGAAUCUUGGAUCUGGUUGCCAAUCGAUGUUUGGCAUCCGGAACGAACGCCUGGACGGAUACGGAUCACACCUGUUACACGAUGACCACUGCCGGAAGUGGCGGUUUUCUGUCGCUGUUGCCUGUUUACCUGGAUCAUAUUCUUUAUCCAACUCUGACCGAUUCGGGCUUCAUAACGGAAGUGCACCAUAUUUCCGAGGAAGGUGAAGAUGGCGGAGUGGUUUACUGUGAAAUGCAGGGGCGCGAAAACACCGGAGAGUCGCGGAUCCAUCAGGAUAUGCUUCGAGCCAUUUAUCCGAAGUCCGGUUACAGCUCGGAAACCGGUGGAAUUAUGGCCAACUUGCGAACCAGCACCAACAAUGAAAAGGUUCGGGCUUAUCACGCUGGGUUCUAUCGGCCGGAUAAUCUACACGUGAUCAUCACCGGUCAAAUUGAACCGGAGGAUAUUUUCAAGGCGUUGGAACCAGUGGAAGAGAAGAUUCUUUCCAAGGGUAGUCUGUCGGCAUUUACACGCCCGUGGCAAACGCCAGUGGCGCCGUUGGACGAAUCGAAGGACCUUAAAAUUCUCUAUCCUGCCGACGAGGAAGAUUGUGGCUUGGUUAAUGUGGCGUGGCGUGGGCCCAAGGCAACAACUGAAUACGAAGAGUUGACUGCGUGUUCCGUCCUUUUGCGGUACCUUUCGGAUACAUCGGUAAGCCCUCUGCAGCGAGAGUUUGUGGAGAUUGAAGAUCCGUACGCCAGCCGAGUAGGAUAUAACAUUGCGGAAAAUGCCGAAUCUCUUCUGUACAUCUCGUUCGAAAAUGUCCCACUGGGCAAGGUGGACGACAUUCACGCAAAACUGAAACAGGUUUUGGAGCGUAUUGGCAAGGGAGAGGAGAAGAUCGAUAUGAAACGGAUGGAGAACGUGUUGGAGAGAUACAUUUUGGAAUCGCUGAGCAACCUGGAAAGCAGUCCGCACGAUAACGUGGCGUUCCAUGUCAUUGGGGAUGUUCUCUAUGGAGCCGUGGAGCAAGAUUUCGAUAAUCGUCUAAACGCAAACAGGUUCCUUCAGAAGCUCAAGGAAAAGAAAGAAGACUUCUGGGUUGGUUUGCUAAAUAAGUAUCUCGUUGAUGCAAAACACGUUGUAGUCCGCGCCGUCCCUAGCAUCGAAGAGCAGAAGCGAUCGGCCAAGGAGGAGAUGGAUCGUAUCGAACAGCAGAGAGCCGAUCUGGGCGAGGAAGGUUUAGCCAAGAAGGGCAAAGAGUUGGCCGAUGCCAUGGCCGCCAACGAAGUGCCUCCACCGGAUGAGAUGUUGACGUCGAUUCCGGUUCCGUCUACCGAUGGAAUCAAAUUCCACCCGGUACAGAUAUUCAAGGCUACCGACGGAGGAAAGAAUCCAGCUGGAUUGGAUCUACAGAAACUACCCGUGUAUGCGGAGGCAUAUCAUUUGCAUACAAACUUCUGCUACCUCAUGGUAACGAUGAACACCGAUCCCGUGGAGCCGGAACUACGACCAUACUUACUACUGCUAAUGGAGCUGCUUACGGAGUCGCCGAUCCGACGUGGCGACGAGCUGAUUCCAUACGAAGCAGUGGUUGCAGCCCUCGAAGCUGACACCAUCGAAACCGAGGCACGGCUAGGUAUCGAAACGAGAAACCGCUUCAGUCUAGGACCAUUCGCCAAUAGUGCCACUUUGUCGAUGCAAGUCGUUCGAGGCAAGUACGAAACCGGCAUCAACUGGAUUGCCGAACUGCUGCACAAAACUGAAUUCACGACGGAUCGAGUCAAGGUCUGCGCUUCAAAAAUGGUAAACGAUGUGGCGCAAGCAAAACGGGAGGGUAACUCCAUUGUGCGGGACCUACUGAAGGCUAUGUAUUACGAAAAAGAUAGCAACGUUCGCGUGAGUUCCCUUCUCAAGCAGCAGAAGUUUUUGAGUGCACUUAUCGAACAGCUCGAUAGUGAACAAGGGGCCGAGAAGGUGAUCAACAAGCUGAACAAAGUUCGUGACGUCAUUACACGGCCGGAGAACUUGGGGUUGCACAUUGCGGCCGAUUGGGAGGAGAUGGCUAAACUGCAAAUCGAUUUGGAGGCACCGUGGAGCAAGUUGGUUGCAUCCGAGACGACUGACCUAAAAAAAGAGUUUGUCGUUGUUCCGGACUGGAAGCUGAUGAACAUGGAUGGUAACUUGGAGGAUUCCACUGGUGUCGUCGUUGGUAUGGGUAGCGUCGAAAGCGCCUUCCUGUACCAGAGCUCGAAAGCCAUCACCGAUUUUAAUGACGAGGAUCUUGCACCCCUACUGCUGUUCCUGCAGUAUUUGACCCAGCUGGAGGGACCUCUGUGGCGUCAAAUCCGCGGUCAAGGAUUCUCCUACGGAUACAACAUUGUUCCUCGUCCCAAUGAGGGUUUGUUGUACUUUACGCUAUACCGUGCAACGAAUUUGGUGGCAGCCUACAAGGAAGCCAAGUCAAUUACCGAAAAACAACUCCAACCGGAUGCCGAGUGGGACUCCACGCUCCUAGAGUCUGCUCGCAGUUCGUUGAUCUUCGAAAUUAUCGCCCGCGAAAAGAGCAUCGGCAACGUGGUAGAGCAGUCAUUCCUUGCCAGCUUCAAACAGGUAACGGCCGGAUAUAACCAAGCGCUGGUCCGCCAGGUCGGAAAGGUCACCGAAGCCGAUUUGGCCCGGGUGGGGGCGAAGUAUGUGAAGCAACUAUUUUCGGCCGAGGCACGCACGGCCAUCGUGUGCCACCCAGACAAAGCUGCCGACGUUGCCACUGCCUUCAACCAGCUUGGUCAUAAUCUGAAGGUUGAAAACAGUUUGGAGGGCAGUAUUCUGGCCUGAGUUAUGUUCGUGUAGGCCAUAGUUUCAACAAUAUUGCAUUUGUCUCGUUUGUGUCUCUAACGCCACAGGGUGUAGCAAAAAUAUGUCAAAUUAUGUUGUGUUUAGCAAAUAAUUUUAGACACUGUGUAGCACCGUAGCUCGUCAUAUUAUACGUACUUUUUUCGAAGUCAGUUAAUACAACUGCUUGAAAUAAACUUAGGGUAUCG